UACAAGAAAAAGAACCAAAUCAACCAAAACGCACAGCACAAUGGCCUGGAUUUGGAACAAAGUUGCUGGGGAUGAGAAGAAAGAGGUGCACCGCCAUAUCGUUGUCUCUGCUGCCCAGACUGAAAAAAUUAAGCAAGAUUUUGGAGGCGUUGAAAACAGUGGCACCUUGUCAAAGUGCCCAUGGGUCAACCGCAUGAAGAAGUUGAUGCCCAUAAAACAGCCUGAAAAAGAGGCAGGGGUCAAUGGUAACAACAACAACAACAGCAUGGCAAAUCAGAUUCAGAUGAAAGCUAGUAAUGUGGUGCAAAAUGUUCGACAAAGAUUCUUUCCUCUAAAACCUUGGCAUGAUUUCAACAGGGGUCUCCUGAAAGCUCACCCACAACAGACAUAUGAUGGGAAAAAAGAUGAGCUUCCAUGGCACACAUUAGAUGUUUUGCGGUCGUCACACGAAUUUCGCACCAAUGCAUCAUGCUGAAACUGUUUUUGUUGGUGACCGGUCACAAACUGUUUUUCUCUUUUAGUCCAUCUAAUUUGCUCACAUUGUUUACUCUAGUCCAUGUACAUACAAUUAUGAAGAUUUUGACUUUAAUUUAAUUCCAACGGAAUGGUCACUAAUCUGAUUAAGUGGGCAGCUAUGUUACACAAACACUUCAUUAAGUUGAAGUGUUACAUGACUCAAACACGCUUUGAACACAAUUAAGAUACCGAUAGAGUUCAAUCUAUA